UCUGCAGACAGCAGACAACAGUCUCUUUAGGACGGGAGAGGACUGAGGACUGAAGAACGAUGGAGCUCUAUCUGGACCUGCACUCACAGCCCUGCCGAUCCGUCUUCCUGUUCGCCAAAGCGGUGGGGAUUCCCUUUGAGGUGAAGCUGGUGGAGAUCUCCAAAGGGCAACAGUACACCGAUGAGUUCGGUCAACUCAGCAUCAUCAGGAAGGUUCCCGUGAUGAAGGACGGGAGCUUCGUCCUGACGGAGAGCACGGCCAUCCUGAAGUACCUGGUGCAGAAACACGCCUCCUCGGUGGCGGAUCACUGGUUCCCCGCUGAGCUGCAGCAGAGAGCUCGAGUCAACGAGUACCUGUCCUGGCAGCACAUGAACCUCAGAGCUCACGGGUCAAAGGUCUUCCUGCUCAAGUCCAUGUUUCCCAUCAUCAUGGGCUCCGAGGUCCCGAAGGAGAAGAUGUCUGCCGCCGUGGAGGAUCUGAAUCAGUCGCUCCAGAUGCUGGAGGAGAAAUUCCUGCAGAGCAAACCGUUCAUCAUCGGAGACAAGAUCUCUCUGGCUGAUCUGGUGGCCAUCGUUGAGAUCAUGCAGCCGGUUGGAGCCGGCGUGGACGUGUUCGUAGGCCGUCCCAAGCUGAGCGCCUGGAGGGAUCGAGUGAAGAAGGCCAUCGGUGAGAAGCUGUUUGAUGAAGGUCACGAGGCGAUCAUGGCGGUGAGCGGCCUGAUGGAGAAGAUGAAGAGCAGCGACGAGCUGGAGAUGCUCAAACAAAAGUUUAAGAAGCUCUUCAGCUGAGUGGAAACGGAUCACAAGGCCGACAAAUGAUCUCAAAUUCACUUUUAAAUUCACCUUUUGUAUGGUGAUAUUGUGUAAACAUAUUAAAUGUGAUUAUCUGAUAUAGGUUGAUAAAUCAAACAUACCUUGAUUCAUUAACCAAAAAAAACAUGUUUUCAUGCCAAAAGUUUUGAUCGAAGGACAAAUUGGAAACUUCAGCUGGAAAUCUUCAUCAGGACAACUGAGGACAAAUGUGUGUUAUUGUGUAUCAGAUGUGUGUCAUGAAUAAAUGCACAUUCAUGACCCCCAUACCAAAGAUAUUAAAGUGAUGCAUCAAAAGUUUACAUAAAUAAACAA